GGAUUUCAUAAAAUCCAAGAUGGCCGACGCUAUGAUGUGAAUCUGAUGGAAUCUUCUAAAAAACCCUCAAAAAAUACCCAAUAAUGUCUCUACCAUGAGCUAAGUUCAAGAAUAUACAGAGAGAAAACAAAGUUUUAGCCUGUGGCGUUGAUAAAAUGUUCAGGAUAACUGGUGUCUUUACGCAGAGGCAGUGUCCUCAGUGUAUACAGAAAGCAGCCACCACUAGCAGAGGGACGUACCAUGCAGUUAUCAACAAGAGUACUCCAGGAUCUAAUCCCUUAUAUCCAGUCAUUACUGGUGUCCAACAACGUUACUACUUUCAUACGUUGCUCCGUAUAAAAAACAGAAAUGUUCGGCCUUUUAGAAUUAUUGAUGCCGACGUACAUGCUUAUAUAACAAGGAUAUCUAUUGGAAAGAGCUUGCAUGGACAAAGAACAUUUACUACUCAAGUUAUUAGGGCUGUUAUGAGAGUUGCUAAGGUUAGGUAUUUGCUGCUUGGGGCAGCAGGAGCUGGUGCUGUGGGAGCAAAAAUGAAAUACGACACGUUAAAGGACAAAUGGCAAAGUUUUUAUGAAAGUCUACCUGAUAAUGGAUGGAUUAAAAAUUUGYUUCCAGGCCCAGACAGCAUCCCUGAUUUUAGUUAUUUUAAAAAUUUGGUAUCUGAUUUCAACUAUAGGGAGUACUUUGCCAAUAGUUUGACUGAUGGUAAAGAUUCAUUGAGUAGAAUGUUUGAUCAAGUUGGAGAUCUAGUUGAUGAGGUUUUUUCAUCAGAAGCAAGUCCAGUAGUGACUGCAGCCAUGAAGCAAGAGCARGAGUCACCUGAUAGGACUAGACCAACUAGAACUCCCAUGGAAAAGCAAAAGUAUCAACGAGAAUUAGAUAAGCUCGAAAAAGAAAACAGAGGACUCAGAAAGCAGUUGAUUAUGCUGAAAGGAGAGCCUAUUGCCAAGCCUAGACAUAUAAAGAAAUCCCUGAUUGACAUGUAUUCUGAUGUAUUAGACCUAUUAGCUGAGUAUGAUGUCAGUUAUAACACAACAGACCAUCUACCAAGGGUUGUUGUGGUUGGCGAUCAAAGUGCGGGUAAAACCAGUGUGUUAGAGAUGGUUGCACAAGCUAGAAUAUUCCCCAGAGGUUCUGGCCAGAUGAUGACAAGAGCUCCAGUGAUGGUAACCUUGAGUGAAGGUCCAAAUCACAUUGCACAGUUCAAGGGAAGCUCUAAGGUUUUUGAUUUGACACAAGAAAAUGAGCUAAAGGAUUUGAGGCAUGAAGUUGAAGUUCGUAUGAAGAACAGUGUAAAAGAUGGACAGACUGUUAGCCCUGAGGUCAUCUCCAUGACUGUUAAGGGACCUGGUUUGCAUCGAAUGGUCCUGGUUGAUUUGCCAGGGAUUAUUGGGACAACAACCACAGGCAUGGCUGAAAACACCAAGAAUGACAUUGAACAGAUGAGCAGGAGAUACAUGCAGAAUCCUAAUGCUAUUAUACUAUGCAUCCAAGAUGGUUCAAUAGAUGCUGARCGCAGUAAUGUUACAGACUUAGUUAGUUCCAUGGAUCCUCAAGGAAAAAGGACAAUAUUUGUACUGACCAAAGUGGACUUGGCAGAGGGCAAUGAAACAAGUCCUAGCAGGAUCAAACAGAUCCUGGAAGGURAGCUUUUUCCUAUGAAAGCUCUUGGUUACUUUGCUGUAGUUACUGGCACAGGAAAUACAAGUGAGAGUAUUGAGAGUAUUCGUAAUGUAGAGGAGGAAUAUUUUAGGAAUUCUAAGUUUUUCAAGUCUGGGGUUUUCAAAGCCAAUCAGAUGACAACACAGAAUCUCAGCUUUGCUGUGUCGCAUUGUUUCUGGAAAAUGGUCAAGGAGUCAAUCGAACAGCAGGCAGAUGCGUACAAAGCCAAGAGAUUUAACCUUGAAACAGAGUGGAAAAAUCAUUUCCCAAGACUAAGAGAACUGGACAGAAACGAAUUAUUUGACAAAGCAAGAGGUGAAAUCCUGGAUGAAGUUCUCAGUCUUGGUGACAUCAGUCCUCAGCAGUGGGAAGAAAUCCUAUUGGAKCGUUUAUGGACCAACAUUUCUUCGCAUUUCAUUGAAGAAAUCUAUCUCCCUGCAGCCCAGACUAGCGAUGCUAGUAAUUUUAACACAAAAGUGGAGAUCAAACUUAAACAAUGGGCUGACCAGCAGUUACCUGAAAUGUCUGUACAGGUUGGCUGGGAAACACUGUUUGAAGAAUUCGACAAGGCAAAAGAGGCAACCAAAGAAGCAAAGCUGUCUAAAGCAAGCCAGGUCCAUUUGUUUGAGGAACUCAAGGCUGAAGUUGCUAAUGAAUGUAAAAAGAGUCAUUUUUGGCAACCGAAGGCAAAGGACAGUUUGCGUGUUAUUCAGUUGACKGCACUUGAAGACUGGUCUGUCGCUGAUAAACAACAGUGGGAUGCUGCAGUCAGAUUCAUGGAAAAUACAUUACAGGAUAAAUUAAAUGAAAGCUCUAAGAAUGUACACGAGUUAAUCGGCCCUGGAGCUUGGGAGCGWUGGCUUUACUGGAAGUAUCGUUCGCAAACACAGCUCAAUCGUUCGUACAUAAAAGAAGAACUUCAAAGGCUUUUACAAGCCCACGAGGAUCAUGAACCCAAUCUAUCAAGCGAUGAAGUCACCACUGUUAGAAAAAAUAUGGACACAAUCAAUAUUCAAGUCGAAAAAGACUUGAUCGAAGAAACGUGGUCACAGCUGUAUCGUGAACAUUUCUUAAAACGAGCCAUUGCAUCUGCACAAGAAUGUAGAGGUGUAUACCACAGAAGAGAUUCUGUAAAGAGUGAAUUGCAAUGUAAUGACGUGGUUCUGUUUUGGAGAAUCCAGAAGAUGUUGCAGACGACGAGUAACGCCUUGCGGCAGCAGAUUAUGAACCAAGAAGCACGGCGUCUUGAAAAAGAAGUCAAACAAGUGCUUGAUGAAAUCGGCUACAACCAGAAAGACAAAGAACGCUUGAUCAAUGGACGACAAGUAGAUUUGGCCGAAGAACUGAAACGAGUACGUCAUAUCCAAGAAAGUUUAGAACAAUUCAUAGAGGCCUUAAAUAGUGAAAGAUAAUGUAAACGUUAAAAUAUGAGUUUGGAAAACCAAGUGUAGAAAUCUCUAUUAUGAAACAUGAACCUCCAACUAUGCUGAUGGUUCUGUCACCGCUCCGCGUUCUGGUUGGUGCUUGGGCUGCCUGUGGUCAGUUAAAGUGCUAAGAGCAUAUCAAURAUUUUUUCAUCUAGUUAUAAUAAUUCUCUGUCAAACUUAUACUAAGAAUAGGGAGCGGAAUUUUAAAUAAAUGACGAGAUGUGUUCUA